AUGGCUAAGGGGGUGGAGAAUCAGAAGCGGAAGCGUGUGUUGGUCGUGGGAGCUGGAGCUGCCGGCAUGACCUGCGCACACCACCUCGCCCAGCACAAAGACAAAUUCGACGUAACGGUCGUCGAUGCAGUCAACUACUGCGGUGGCCAAGCCUACAGUAUACCGCUGGACAAGGGGAAGACGGGUGCAUCAUGGCUGAACCAGGGCGUGCAGGGAGGCUCCUACAUCUUCCACCACACCAUGACCAUGUUUGCCCGCAAUGGCUACUGGGCGGAUCCGGUCAAGCUCCAGGUCUCUUUCGGCAAAGGCGAGCAGUUUUGGUCGAACGUAUACCCGACGAAGAUGCUGCAGAAGCAUGAGAAGGAGGUCAAGCGAUUCUUUACCAUGCUGAAGGUUACGCGCAUGUUUGAGGUACUGUUUGCGCUACUACCGAUCAAGUAUUUGGUCAAGCUCUGGGGUUUCACAGAAGAGUUUGCAAAUGUCGUGGCUCUGCCCAUGGUCGCAUUGUUCUUGGGGACUGGCAACUAUGCGCCGGAGGUGCCAUCCAUGAUUCUUGAGAGGCUGUGCACCAGCCCGACAUACGGCAUGUGGUAUCCGCCAGACAAGGCCAGUGUUGCCAGCAAUCUGCCUCCCAUGGUCGUCUUCCCGAACUUCAGCGACUUUUACACGACCUGGCAGAAGAACUUGCAGAAGAUGGGCGUCAAAAUCCGCCUAUCUACAGAGGUCACAAGGGUAACCAAGCGCGAUAAGAAUGGCGUGCAAGUCAAGAUCGUCAGCCGUACGCCAGCCAAGGACAACCACAACCAAGACUCCGCCUGGGUGCCAAACACAGUCGAAGGUUCGAACGCCGAUGCGGACGCAGUCGAGACAACAGAAGAGUAUGACGAGAUCGUGCUCUGCGUCCUGACCGAUACCGCCAAACGUCUCCUCAAACCCACCAUCACCUCGCUCGAAUCCAAGAUCCUCGGCUCCGCCAAAUUCGCCAACGAUAUCACAGUCACACAUCAAGACAUUGAUUAUAUGAAAAAACACUACGAGAACUUCUACAGCGACGAGUUCGCCGUCCAGAACAUCAACGGUGUAGACCAAACCCAGCGCUGCGAGUUCGCCCGCGACCAUUUCAAGGCCAUGUACCUCAUCCGCAUGUAUCCGCAAGACCUCACGAAGCUGGAAAUGUGCUUCGACUGCACCAACUACCAGGCUCAAUUUCCGCCCAACGUUCCCUUCGAGAAGCACGUCUUCCAGACCAUCUUCUUGAAUAAAGACCGUGAUGGCCAUCUCUGGACUAUCGACGAGAUUGACGAAAGCAAGAUCGUCCGCAAGGAUUGGUGGCAUCAGCUCUGUCACUCCUGGACGCACUACCUCUUCGUCGUCCCCUGGAUGUGGCUCCUACAAGGCAAACGCCAUACCCGCUUCGCCUCCUCCUGGACCAUGGUCAACGCGCACGAAGUCGCUUGUAUCGCUGGUAUCGCCGCUGCGGUGGAUCUCGGCGCAGAGUACCCGGAUGAUCUCGAACGUGACAAGUUUGCUUUCUUGGCCUUUAGGCUCUAUUAUCUCCUCCUUUAUGGACGCUGGUAUGGCCGUCGCGCGACAAAGCAUUCGAAGGAGGGGGUGGGCAAGGAUUGGGCGCAGGGGAAUGAGUAUGGGAGUACGUAUGCUGGGCCGGGCGUCAAUAGUACUGAGGAGAGGAGGAUUUGGAGGAAGGAUUUUGAGGCGGGGAAGAGUAGUGGGGAUAUGAUGUGA